CUCCGAAUUCCCUCGAGUCCUCUGCUCUGGCGCCAGGCCGUUUGCCCGCUACGGUUUGGGACAUUCCAACGCAAUUUUAUUACGUACGAGCGAGUUGCCGUCCCAGGAGGGCAAUUCUUCCCUUCCCUCAGCACCCUCACCGGCCGAGCGAGCCCACGCUGGGCAAUGUAGCCCGACCCGCCAGCACGUCAAUCCAGCGGCUGCUCCGGCUGGCUGUGCCCGCUCGCAGGCUCCGCUGAGGCAUCCACCACUGACGUCCAGCCCUGAGCCGCCGCUGUGCCGCCGCACCAUCGGCCCGCCCCAGCAGCCACGCGAGUUUAGCGCAGGUGUCUGCCCGUGCUGUGCUGCACCCGCGAGGCUUCAGCAUCAGAUGGCCCGUCCCGCAAUGCCGUCGCUAUCUUCAAGCAGCAGUGCCGCCGGCCCCUCCCACCGCGCCCAGGGCGGUGUGCCGCCCAAGCAGAAGAAGACGAGGUCGAGGAACGGCUGUCAGCAGUGUAAACUCAAGCGGCUUAAAUGUGACGAGACCAGGCCCGCCUGCCUCAUGUGCACCAGGGCUGGGCGGAAAUGCUCCGGCUACAACCAGGAGUUUCGCUGGUCCACAAAGCACGAAAAGGCCCUCGACUCGGGCGCGUCACGCGAGCCAUCUAGUUUUGGCACUCUUCUGACAGCCGUGUCCAAAGUCUUGACCAUAGAGCCAGCACCUCCUGGCCACCAGCCAGCAGUUCAGAAACAUGCCGUCCAGCAGCCGCCACGGUCCCUUCCCAUCCAGACCGUUUCUCCCGCUGCCGCUGCCGUGCCUCCGCCUGCUAUUUUCCCGCAACUCCAGACGCCCCUUUCCUCAUGUGCAGACCUCGACCUCUUGUCACCCACAAGUUCUGCUGCUGCCACCUUAGACUUGUCUACGUCCGGCCCUGAGGCGUAUCCAGGCGAGAACAUAGGGCUGCCGCUACAAGGGUUCCAGUGCCAUGCUUGGGAUACGAUCCCUCCCGAAGAUGGCGUCGCCACCCUAGGGACCGUCGGCAUAUAUGGUAAUAAUUUGCAGCUGUUGCCAUCACAGCCGGUGAUGCGACCGACCUUCCACCUGCAAUGCGGCACACUGCAACCCCUGCUCGCCGAAACCCCUGAAGCCUUUGCGCCUUGGGUUCCACGCUCUAUCAUGGACCGCAACUCGAUGCUUGUCGAGGAGUGGUUCAAACAUGUCUGCACCAUCUGGUCGUGCUUCGACUCGGAUCUCAACCUCAACCGCAAGAUCGCUGCCAACGCCUGGGCCCGGUCUGAAUCCGUCAUGAGGUGCAUGCAGAGCAUGGCCGCCACCUGUCUCUCGUCGCAGAUGCCCCAGAUGCGGCGUGUCGCCAUCGCCUCGCUCAAGGGUGCCAUAUCUUCCAUCAAGACCGAGCUGCGGCUCGCCGGCCCCGCCAUCGACCGUGGCGUCUUCCCUGCCGACCUGCUUCUUGCGCUCUGCUGCGUUGGCACUGCCGCCUGCUGGAUCGACCCCAAGCAGCUUGCCGCGCGUUUCCUUCGUGAGGCUCGCAAUCUCAUGCACCGCCUCAACCGUGGCGCCAGCGCCGGCUUCUUGCCGCCCGAAGACCGCGAAUCCCUCGAGUUCUUCAACAACAGCAUAAUUUACUGGGACAUGCUGGUCGCGGUCGUCUCUGAUGACGAUCAUGACACAUCGGGCGAUCCUGGCAGCGAGGGCAACCUCUUGCUCCUCCGAGCUAGCUAUUCCCCUGACCGCUCCGGUCUGAUUAUCCCCCACCCCUGGACAGGGACCUGCGCGGCCGCACAGCGCCUGUUUGCACGAUCCAUUCGGCUCUGCCGGCGCUUCCGCGGCCACCUGCGAGGUCGCUCCAUCUCGACGGGCGCCGCGCUGCGCACGGCGCUCCGAUACAUCGGUGAGGCACAGGGCCUCGAGGAAGAGCUGCUGGAACUCGAGCAGAUCAGUGCCGAGCACGUCGCAGACACGGGCGACCGGCUUACCCCACGCGAGCACAUGGUCGACGUCGCCGAGGGCUACCGCCUGGCCUCGCUGCUGCAACUGUACCAGACCUUUCCGGAUCUUGUUGUUCGCCGCCUGCCUGAGGACGUGAGCGGGGACGGGCACGUCGUACCGUGGGAUCGCUGGGUGGUGCCGUUGAGUCUCAGGCUUAUCGGCACGCUCAAGAGGGUGCCACCAGACUCUGGCACUCGAUGCAUCCAGCCGUUGCUGUAUAUCACUGCCAGUACGGGGCUAAAAUUCGACAUGGAAACGAUGACGGCGGGACUACAGCAGCAAAGACAAUCUAUGCAGCAGCUACAACAACAAAUCCAGUCGGAACAAGCGAUACCGGCCGUAACAUUACAUGAGUCGGCCAGGGACCCGACUCUACCCCAGAAUGGUAUGGGGGUUUCCAUGACGCCGAUGGCCGAGACAGAGACUGCCGACAUUGAGUUGGAUCAGGCGCUCUCCUCCCUGGACGCUCCCACGGACGACAACGACGACAUUGGCAACGUCCCCGACAUCAAGACGCUCCUUCAGGUACCGCUGACCAAGAUGUCGAUCGAGGUCAGCCACGCGCGCCAGUUCGUGCUGGAGCGACUCAGCGGGCUCGAGCACAGCCUGCCCCCGGCGCCGGUGCGCGUGGCCAGGGAUCUCGUCACAGCCGUCUGGGCCGCCUACGACGCCGAGCCACCCGGGUCUAGCCACGCGCACUGGAUUGACAUCAUGGAGGACCAGGAUCUGAAGACGAUUUUUGGAUGAUGGUAGUUUCUUUAUCGGCGGCUAAUUGUGUCUCGGGGCCGCCUUCUAUGCCGUGGAAAUCAUAGCGUGGUUUUGUGUUCCCAAAGCGCUUGAUGCAAGGCGGAACUUGUGCAAAUGGGAUGGCUUCUUGUUUUUUUUGCUGGAGUUGGAAUAUUUUGGCAUGUCAUGGGACAAAUUCCCGGGAUAUGUAUGAUGGAUGAAUGGCUUGGAUCGGGGCUUUGAUAGUCUUCCUGGAUACGCGGGCAUGUGUAUGCAAACCAUUGACUUUGGCGCCAGUCGGGUGUAAUCGUCUGAAGAACAGUAUCUAUUUGUAAUGAUUUCACGUUGUUUCGGUA